CCCAUCUUGUGGGGCAGGGUGGUCCCUGGAGCUGCCAGUGGGAAGGGUACCCCCAGGGAACCAAAAAGAGAGCACCAAGGCUUUGUUCUGCUCCUAGCAGCUGGCUGCGUGGGAAUGGCUGGAGGAUAACCUGAAACCCCUGCAGCAGGCACAGCAGGGUUGUGUAGGUCGGGGACAGCUGAGCUUUAGAGAAGAUUUCCAAAUUGCUUUUCUGCUGUGUCAUCCUUCCUUCUCUCAAGUUUUGGGAGCUGGAGGUGAGAGCACCGCUGUGCAGGAGGACUGAAGAAGUGGAGGAGGAAAUUUGGGCUCGUGGCACCCUGAUAGAACAGUAACUAAGCUGCGAGGCUGUGGCUUGCUUAAUGUCCUGCCAGCAUGGAUGGAGAAAUCAAAACUUAGCUUUCCCUGAGCGAGUGGAUACGGGAAUUUAAGAGCUCAUCCUGCUGAGGGCUGCCACUCUUAUCUCUUUGUCAGAUGCACAGAAAGCAGCACAUGCCACCUUAGCCAUUCAGGGUUUUUGUAGUGGUUUGAUUUUUGUUAUGGUUUAUGUGAGCAGUCUGCAGCGCGCUUGCACGCUCUGUCCUGCUGCCAGCCUCUGGGCCGUGAGGUGCAGGAUAGCACAGCUCCCACGGGUUGGUGGCAUUCACUGAGCUAACUAAUAACAUCACAGAUAUGGGAGUCUUUGGAAAUUAAUGUGUUUACCAUGGGCUGCAUUUCACUUGAAAUGAUUCUGUGGCAAUUCUGUCUUCUGUCCUGUAAGAGUGAAAUGAAGUGCUACCUUGUUUAGGAAGUCCAUGCUUUUAAAUGUUGGACUGUGAGGACUCUUUGUCACUUAACUGUCUGAACUUCUAAAGGAACGAGCCAGUAGGAGCUGCUGGGGAAACAAGAAUGAGGAAAUCAGCUAUUCUUGUGAUUUGAAACUGUUUGUAAUAACGCUUAGAGGACUUAAUGCAUAUGUUAACUGGUCUUACGCACAUUUUCUCUAUGGUAGCUUUUGAUGAGUUUGGUUUAUACCAGCUCUAAUUUCCUACCAAGGUUGCUUUGUGUAGUUGGAGUGACUUUUUCACAGUCUGGUGGAAGGUGUGUGCUGUUGUCUAAGCAGUAACCUGCACUUAGUUGCAUUCAGAGGAGCUCUAAGACCUGAUAGAAGCCCCCUGGUUCCUGAGUGUUGGAGAGCACAUCUGACACUAACCUGGAAGCAAACAUCCUGCUGCCCUCCAAAAUACAGUGAAGCUGACUCUUUAAUCUGGGAUUUGUGAACAUCACUUGCAACGGGCUAUCUCAGCACAACAAGUUUUCAGAGAAAAGAAAGAGAGCAUGGUUAUCCCAGUUCCUGAAGCAGAGAGCAACGUGAACUAUUACAAUCGCUUGUAUAAAGGAGAAUUUAAGCAACCAAAGCAGUUCAUUCACAUUCAACCCUUUAAUCUGGACAAUGAACAGCCAGAUUAUGAUAUGGACUCUGAGGAUGAAACCUUAUUGAACAGACUAAAUCGGAAGAUGGAAAUCAAGCCGCUGCAGUUUGAAAUAAUGAUUGACAGACUUGAAAAAGCCAGUUCUAGUCAGCUCGUUACACUUCAGGAAGCUAAAUUGCUGCUAAAUGAGGAUGACUACCUUAUUAAGGCUGUAUAUGACUACUGGGUAAGAAAGCGUAAGAAUUGCAGAGGGCCAUCUCUGAUCCCCCAAAUCAAACAAGAAAAGAGGGAUGGCUCCACCAACAACGACCCUUAUGUUGCCUUUCGGAGGAGAACUGAGAAGAUGCAGACCAGAAAGAAUCGAAAGAAUGAUGAAGCGUCUUACGAGAAGAUGUUGAAAUUAAGAAGAGAGUUUAGCAGAGCCAUAACAAUUCUGGAGAUGAUUAAGAGAAGAGAGAAGACAAAACGCGAAUUAUUGCAUUUAACAUUGGAAGUUGUAGAGAAAAGGUACCAUUUGGGUGAUUAUGGAGGUGAAAUUCUCAAUGAAGUGAAGCUUAACAGACCUGAAAAAGAGAUGAGCACAACUCCAUCCACUCUUCAUAAUGGAAAUCAUCACAAAGUUCAAGAAUGUAAAAUUAAGCAUCCUCAUCAUUCAUCUCUAAAGGAGGAGAUAUCAGAUGUUGUACGUCAGAAGAAGAAGUAUCUAAAGAAACCGAAAAUGGAGUGUGUUGUAACUCCUCAACAGCCCUCUGCUGAGCCCUUGCCUGUUAUCAGCAAGAGUGAUAUCAAGCAGUAUGACUUCCACAGCUCAGAUGAAGAUGAGUUCCCACAGGUACCGUCACCGGUAUCAGAAACAGAAGAGGAAAAUGAUCCUGAUGGACCUUGUGCUUUCAGGAGAAGAGCAGGAUGCCAGUAUUACGCUCCUCGUUUGGACCAAACUAAUUCUUCAUAUGAAAACUCAGAAUUGGCAGAAUUGGACAAACUGAGGUUCAGGCAUUGCCUUACAACCCUUACAAUUCCAAGAAGAUGUAUAGGAUUUGCAAGAAGACGAGUUGGCAGGGGUGGAAGGGUUAUAAUGGACCGAAUAUCCACAGAACAUGAUCCUGUCCUGAGACAGAUUGACCCGGAAAUGCUGAAUAGUUUUUCAAGCUCUUCCCAGACUUUAGACUUUUCUUCUAAUUUUUCACGGACCAAUGCUUCCAAUAAACGUUGUGAAAACAGACUGUCCCUUUCUGAAAUACUAAGCAAUAUCAGAUCAUGUCGACUGCAGUGUUUUCAGCCAAGGCUACUAAAUGUACAGGACAGCGAUAGUGAAGAAUGUACCUCAAGGAAACCAGGGCAGACUGUGAAUAACAAAAGAGUUUCUGCAGCAUCUGUAGCUUUAUUGAACACCAGCAAGAAUGGCAUAUCAGUAACAGGGGGUAUCACAGAAGAACAAUUUCAGACACAUCAACAGCAGUUAGUUCAAAUGCAGAGGCAACAACUUGCCCAGCUUCAACAGAAACAACAAUCUCAGCAUUCCUCGCAACAGACACAUCCAAAAGCACAGGGCUCCAGCACCUCCGACUGUAUGUCAAAAACACUCGAUUCAGCCAGUGCCCACUUUGCUGCAUCCGCAGUGGUUAGUGCACCUGCUCCUGGUCGCAGUGAGGCAACAAAGGAACAAAACGCCAGCCACAACAAUAUUAAUGGUGUUGUCCAGCCUUCAGGAACCUCUAGAACGUUGUACUCCACCAACAUGGCUUUAUCAUCCAGCCCAGGGAUUUCAGCUGUACAGCUUGUAAGGACAGUUGGCCACACCACCACAAACCACUUAAUUCCAGCGUUGUGCACGAGCAGCCCUCAGACGCUUCCCAUGAACAAUUCUUGCCUGACGAACGCAGUGCACCUCAACAAUGUCAGUGUUGUUUCUCCAGUCAAUGUGCAUAUUAAUACAAGGACUUCAGCACCAUCGCCAACAGCCUUAAAACUUGCCACAGUUGCUGCCAGCAUGGACAGAGUGCCAAAGGUAACUCCUAGCAGUGCCAUCAGCAGUAUAGCAAGAGAGAACCAUGAACCAGAGCGACUGGGUUUAAAUGGCAUAGCAGAGACAACAGUAGCAAUGGAAGUGACAUAACCUCAAAUCAGUGUCUCAACCUGUGCUAAUGGUGUAGUCAUUUAUAUUCCAACUGAAUGCAAAAUACAGCACUCUGUGGAUCACAGAGAACUAAAAUGGACCUAAAUGGACUGUCAUUAUAUCGUGUAUUAAGUCGAUAUAUAAUGUAAAUUUUGUAAAAUUGGGGAAAUCACUACCUUGUAAAAUAGUUUAUUUGUAUCAUCAAUAUUAUUUCUGUUACUUGAAUAGUAGAUAUUCAUCAUCAUGCUUUUGCACUUGAAUUUGCAACUGAAUGGAUUAAAAAAUAAUUCUUUAAUGGGAUCAUGAGCAUGAAAUGGGAUCCUGCAUCACUUGUUUUAACUAUUUAUUUUGCCAUGUUUACAUUUUGUAUCUUGUACAAAUAAAUCCAACUUUGUGUCUAAAAAAAAAAGUUAAAGAUUCAUAGCUAGGAGACAAAAUUCUUGUAAUUUUUUUCUAAAGGAAAUGUAAAGUUUUCACUUGGUUCAUUUUGUUUCACAAUUUGACUAGAUGGACUUUUUGGUAAAUACUUUAGUGGCAUUUCACUGUCAAAUAUGAAGUUCAAGGCAAAAUAGUAUUUUCUAUUACUGUGCAGGGGAAAGGGAUGGAUCGAUACAUGCAAAUUUAAUGUAGUAACUCACUUUUCCAUAUAUUUUGAAUGUAUAUUUCUAUUUAUAAUACCAGUUUAUAAAAAAUAAUUACACAGGAAAAAAGAAAAACGGACUAGGAAAAUUAUGCAUCUGGCACAUAUACAAUUGUGCAGAUACGAGACAAAUUCUCAACCAAUUACAUUUUAUCCGAAGACUGCGUAUUUUAACCGGCUUUAAAACUGUAACACACCACGUAAAGGAUAUUUUACCAGGUAUGUAUUGCAUUAUAUUAUCAUUGCAAUAAUUAUUGGAUGUCUAGAUAUCGAGCCAUCCCAGGUGGUGGGGGGGGGAGGGAGGGUUGUGGCAAGAUCGUCUUUUCAAUUUUGGAGAGUUUUCCUGUGGCUACAAGGCAAGUAACGGGUUGGAAAAAGUCUGACUGUAAGCGUUGGACACCUUCGUAGUGUAGUGUUUUAGUGACUUUUUUUAUACGGUUCUUGUAAAUUAGAUACGUGUAGUGGUGUUUCAGAAUGUUUGUUUAUGCACUAGUUCAGACAACUUUCCCUGUUACUUGUUCUUGAUAAGUGAAAACUGCAGGGAAAUAAAAAUACAUAUCAAAACAUGGA